AUGGGCAUUCCAGUCGCGCUGUACACAUCCGGGGUGUUGGUUGUCCACGAGCGGGUGGUGGCCAGCAGAAACGGGGGGGCGCGCCAGCGGUCACGUGGCCAAGAAUGCAGCACUAUCGACGACAAGGUGCGGUGCGAACAGUGGAGCCUACGGCGCACGGCCAGCGUUGCCAAUUCCGGGUACGGGCGCGGGAGUCGGUCGUACCAGAUGGGGUCGUACUGGUGUCUGUGGGACGAGGACGGGGGCCGGUGCAUGGUGGUGGAUGCCGUGGAGGCUCCCCGCGUGGUCGAUUUGUCCUUUGCCGCGUUGUCGGCUGGCGAGAAGAUCAGCUGUGUCAUUGUGAUCGAGGACGGCGAGGGCCUGGUUUGCGGCACGAGCCAAGGGCGGUUGCUAAAGAUCGCUCUCGCCAACGACAGCGUCCUGCAAGAGACCCGGCUGUCCGAACACCCGGUGGACUACAUCUGGCACGAUGACCACGCCGGGGGCUACGUGGUGCUGACCAGCAGGGACUCCACCGUGUACCAGUUCGCACAAUGGGGGUCCGCGAUGUCCCUGUCCCAGUACAAGAUACAGCUCCCGGGCGAGGUCGUCGGCGCCUCCCUCAGCGCCGACGGCCAGUAUCUAUGCGUCGCGGACAGAAGGAAGAUCCAUUUCUACCGCUGGGAAAUGCGCGCCACGCCCUUUAGAUCGAUGGUCGUGUGCCAAGACCAGGUAGAUGACGACGGCAUCACCAGGAUCGCCUGGGACCGCGCCGGACGCAUGGUGCUUGUCUGCACGACGGGGCGAGUCAUGUGCUACGACACCCGCGACCACUGGAUUUCUGUGGUCGCCAGGCAACCACACAAACUGGUGGAGUGGUCCCCCGUCGGGAACCUGUUCCUGGUUGGACAGCACCGGUACGGCACCCUGCUGUCGGUCUACGAGCACAACGACAGAGGCCACUGGUCCUCGCUCGGCUACACCGACAUUGCAACCAAGUUCGGUAUCAGCAGGGUCGAGCAGAUGGCCGUGAUGAAAAACCAGGUACAUCUGCUGCACAGCGAUUGUUACGAGAGCUUCGCCAUGGAGUAG